AUGUUUUCAUUUUUAGUCAAGAAGAUAGGAAUGCUUAAUCAGGGCAAGGUUCACAGUAUAGCUUGGAGUCAGGAGGAGGGUUGGAUAGCAAUAGGAGGAGAGUAUGUUAAGUUGAUAAAUUUAGACAUGCGCCAUAAGGAUAAAAGAAAGGUUUAUUGAAAAUAAUAAAGUUGGAUGAUUAAAAGGCAGGUAUUCAAGGACAAGUAAGAAUCACUAUAGAUAUUUUUAAGUAAGCCAAAUUACCAUAUGAAGCUGCAUUGGAAUAACAUAUGGGUAAGGUGAAUAUAAUAGUAUGGAACGAGAGAUAUCAAAAAUUAACUACUAGUGAUGAUCAAGGAUAGAUUAUAGUGUGGAUAAAUUUGGGAGUAAAUAAUGAAUGUAUAAAAAUAAAUAGAAUGAAUGGAUGGAGGAGAUGGUCAACAAUAGGUAGAAAUCGAAUGUAACCGAUAUGAAAUGGUCACCUGAUGGGUUCAAAAUUGGAAUUAUCUAUGAGGAUGGAGCUGUCAUAGUUGGAUCAGUUGAAGGCAAUAGACUUUGGGGAAGAGAUUAUCAAUACAGAUUAGGACUGAUUGAAUGGUCUCCAGACUCAAAGUUGAUGAUUUUGGGAACUGCUGAUGGACAAGUGAUUAUACAUGAUUAGAAUGGCAAUCAAUUAAAUUAAUUGAAAAUGAGUUGUUUAAUGGGAUUAGUCGAUCCCAAAAAUUACACUAAUCCUAAUUAACAAUUAGCAGCUGUUUAAUGGUAUGAAUAUGGCAAAAUGUACACUGAUGAAACACCCCCAGGUUUGCUAAUUGCUUACUCCUGCGGUAGGGUUUAAUUAAUGAAAAAUGAUAAGGAUGAUACACCUAUAUUAAUAGAUACAGUCAUGACUAUAUCAUCAGUCAGAUGGAGUCCCAAUGGUUCAAUGUUUGCUGUUGCUGGUAGCGCCAAGGAUAAAGAUGAAUCAAGAGCCGUUGUAUAAUUCUAUUCAAAUAUGGGUGAUCAUCUAAAGACACUCAGAGUUGCUAACACUGACAAAGUCAAUAGUCUUAGUUUUGAAGGAGAUGGUUUGAGAUUGGUCAUGGGUGUUGGUCAAACCGUCUAUGUUGCCAAUCUCAAAUUAGAUUACAAGUGGAGUUAUCUAGCAUAAUCAGAGACUCUAAUCUUUGCCUAUCAAAGAUAAGAUAGAAUGGAAUUUACUAUCAUCUUUUGGGAUACAAAAAGAGAAUAAAAAUCUAUCAGAUAUAUGAAAGGACUACUUGAUAUUAAGGGUUCAAAUGAUUGUUGUGUCUUGAUAAGUCUCGUUGAGUAGGACACAUGGAAGGUGGAACUUUGCAAUUCAAUUGGUAGUCCUUUGGAUACUAAACUUAUAUCCAUAGAACCUAAAUAUAAUUGUAUGACAAAAACUCAUAUCAUUAUUGCUAAUAGUGACUAUGUUUACUUAUGGUAAUAUAGGAAUUAGGUUUAAAGAUUAACCACCUUUGAAUCGAAUUAGAAUACAGGAAUCAGAAAAAUUGGUAAGGAAAUGGCUUGGUUCAUUGAUGAAAAUCCAGACACUUAAGUAAUUUACGAUAAAGAUACCUUUAAUUUAGAAAAACAAACUGAAGAAACUAUUUGUGCAAUACAAGCUAAUGAAAAUUAUCUGUUUAUUGGUAGAAUCAAUGGGAAUAUUCUAAAAUUCACUUUGCCUUAUGUCAGCGUGGAGCCUAAAUAUUUCUUAGAAAAUAGGGCAAACAUUAUCAAUAUCAACUGUAACUCAACUCGAUUGUCUAUAAUUGAUGUGAUGGGAACUUUAUAGUUAUUAGAUAUAAUUGUUAGCGGUGGAAAAUUAUUAGAUUUCGAUAAAAAAGAAUGUUGGCAAGUAGUUUGGUCUGAUAAUGAUCCACUCUAAUUUGCCGUCAUGGAAAAAGGUAGAAUCCAUUUGGUAAGAGAUAUUACUGCCGAUGACCCUCUCCCUUGUGAUGCUUUCUUAUGCUCGUAAAUCUUAGAAUUAUCAUUAGAUUUUCAGAACUUACUGUCAAAGGAGCAUUAUUAGAUGAUAUAAUGAUGAGUCCAGAUGGUUAGUUAAAAGCUGAUGAAUUGCUUGUCUAAUAUGAAAGCAGAUUAUUUAAGGAAAUCAAGGAAUCCAUUGAAAAAACUCCACCUAAGGACAUGUUUGGUAUCAUUGAAAAAUAACCUGUAAUAUUAUGAUUUAGUUUAUAAUAGUCUAAUACUUUAUGGUAGUUAUUAGCUUAAAAGGCUUUGGAAGAACUAGACUUCUCAAUUGCAGAAAAGUGCUAUCUGAAAUUAGAAGAUUAUGCUGGGUUGCAAUUUAUAAAAAGAAUCUUAGAUUAUGAUGAGAAGGAAAAAUAGAAAGCAGAAGUAUAUGUGUUUCUGAAAAGAUUUGAUGAAGCUGAGAAAAUUCUAAGAGAAAUCGAGAGAAAAGAUUUAGCUGUUUAAAUGAGAAUGAAAACUGGUGAUUAUUCGAGAGUCUUAUUUUUAUCCAAAGAUCUUGUAGGCGCAGAUGAAGUUAUAGUUCAAACCUAAAACAAAUUGGGAAACUUAUAUUGUGAUCAAGGAGAGUGGGAAAAAGCAUAAUAAUAAUUCAAAUUAUCUAAUAAUGUUGAAAAAUUAAUAGAGACUUCAUUCAUGAUUGAAGAUUAUCAAACACUUGAGGAAUUAGCAAAUUCUUUGCAAGAAGGAAAUGCCUUAUUAUGUGAUUUGGGUGAAAGAUUUCAAUUGCUAGGGAUGGCAAAAAGUGCAAUAAAAUGCUUUGAAAAAGCAGGUGACAUUAAAAAGGCAAUUGAUUGUGCAGUUCUGUUGAAUGCGUGGAAUUUUGCUGUUGAAUUAGCUGAAAGACACAAUUUUGUAUAAAUUGAAGGAUUGCUUCAAUAAUAUGCUGCUUAAUUGUUGGAGCAAAGAAUGAAAUUAGAAGCUGCAGAAUUAUAUAGAAAGGCCAAUCAUAAUUCGGAUGCUGCUCGAUUAUUAUAAUAAAUUGGCGAAGAUCUUAUUAAAAGCGAUUAAAGUCCGCUCGUUGUGAAGAAGCUGUUUGUUAUGGCUGCUUUAGAAGUUGACCUUUACAAAAAAAAGUUGUACGAUGUCACUAUGACUGCUUAAAAUAAUACAAUUGCUCACACUCUAGAUUAACUAGUUACAAAUGAUUUAAAUCAUUCUGCUGAUAAAGUACUCAAUAAUCCGUGGAGAUAGGCUGAAGCUUGGCAUUUCUAUAUUUUAACUCAAAAAUUCCUCUAUUCUGGAAACUACAAAUAUGCACUGUAAUUCAUCUAUUAUACUUCUAGCAAAUCCGCCAUCAGAUUAUGUGAAUUUGAAUUAGACAUGGAUCCUAAAAGGAUAUAUUCUCUACUUGCUCUGGCUGCUUAUUAUAAUAAAUCAUAUAAGGAAUGCGCCAGAGCCUUUGUGAAACUGGAGAACUUGGACAAUAUUACAGAGGAAGAGAGAGAGAGAUAUCAAUCAGUAGCUGCAUAAAUAUUCGUUAAGUAAUGCAAGAUAAUUAUAACGUAGGUAUGCCCCAGAGGAUGCAGUUUGCGAUGCUAUCCAAUGUCCAAAACCUUCUUGUGGUAAUAAAAAAAUAACUGAAUAGUAACUAAUAUUAUUAUUUAAAGUUAAUUAUUCUGUAAAGAAUGCGGAACCAUUUUCGGGGUUUGUGUGGCUUCUGGGAAAUCUAUCUAUGGGUAGAAGUUUUACACCUGUAAAGCCUGCAAACAUAAGAUGAUUGAUUAGGAAGUCUAAAACUAAGCGUUAAAAUUUUGUUCCCUUUGUCACACUCCAAUAGAUUUUAAUAGAUUUGGAAAGCAUGGAGACAAGUAAUUAUGA